GGCGUGUUGUUGCCAUAACGAGGUUGCAAAGGGUGGGUGUGCAUGCGUGGAAAAGCUCCCGAGUGCCCACGCUUCCUUCACUACCACGCAAUUCCUCAACCCCUUCCUCUGAGCAACAAGUUUUGCAGCAAGUGACCGCCUUACUGCAGGGGGUGGAAAAGGUUGCACGUCAGUGAAUCCGCACCGGUUAUUCCAAUGAAGCCGGCAGCCGCGGGGAGCAUGGACACCAACGUGGACCCACGGAAGAAGAGUCGUGCAUCCGGGGUGGCGCUCAGCGCCAUCCCGUCGGUGUGCUCCGUGGCGUCCGUCGCCUUCUGCAUCGUCCUCAGCAUCCACGCCGCCGAUGUCAGGCGCCGGCUGGUGGGCUUGGAGCACGGCGCGGACACCUUUACGCGCACCUCUGCUGGCCUGGAUGCGUUAAUUGAGCAAAAAGUCAACCAGAUGUUCACCCAGCGUUCUUAUGAGCAAUUUGUCAAGACCAGGACGGCCAGACAAGCGUCACCUGAAUGCAACUGCCCUCCAGUGUGUGCGAGAGCCAAAGUACGGCCCCAGCCACCCAGAGAGCCCAACUAAAAACAGCAGUUGCGGUACCCAGGGAACAAGGGACCAACGGCCCCACGCAGCGACAUAAACCCCAGCGCCAGACCGUUGACAGACGCGCCCAGCAUAGAACAAGGCACGGGAGAAGCACGAGACAGCCAGCCCCCAAGCCAGCGAGAGACCACACCCACGUGGGCAGAAAGGCGAAACGCCCUGCCCCGAGGGGCCCAGAGACUCCCCGCAGCCGGACGGAAAGACCGCAAUAUUUUUCUAACAAGCCUCAGGGGUCCCACUAGGGCUGUAGCUUUCAAUUAUUUUGGUAAUCAAGUAAUCUAUCAAUUAGUUUGUUUGAUUAAUCUGGA